CAUUGUUACAUUGAUUGAUUUUCUCGAGACCAGCUUGGCGUUUGCAUUGGGCCCGAUCUUAUCCACGUUUGCUCCAGAACCACGCUGGUCGGCCCCGGUUCUUGUGCCACAGCCCAUUGCUCAGUUCUGCUCUUCCUUUGUGACCUACCUUACUAGACGGGCUAAUAACCAUGCAGACCAUCCGUGCCCCCACCACUCAGGGCGCUGCCAGCCGCGUGGCUGGCCGCCGCAUGUGCCGCCCUGUUGCCUCCGCCAAGGUUUCGACUGCCGUGACCACCGAUGUGUCGAAGCGGUCUGUGCCCACCAAGAUGGAGGAGGGAGAGAUGCCGCUGAACACCUAUAACAACAAGGCUCCCUUCAAGGCCAAGAUCCGCUCCGUGGAGAAGAUUACCGGGCCUAAGGCUACCGGUGAGACUUGCCACAUUAUCGUCGAGACCGAGGGCAAGAUCCCCUUCUGGGAGGGCCAGUCCUACGGUGUUAUUCCCCCGGGCACCAAGAUUAACAGCAAGGGCAAGGAGGUGCCCCACGGCACCCGCCUCUACUCCAUUGCCUCGUCCCGCUAUGGCGAUGACUUCGAUGGCCAGACCGCCUCGCUGUGCGUCCGCCGCGCCGUGUACAACGACCCCGAGACCGGCAAGGAGGACCCCGCCAAGAAGGGCAUCUGCUCCAACUUCCUGUGCGAUGCCGCUCCCGGCACCGAGAUCACCAUGACCGGCCCCACCGGCAAGGUGCUGCUGCUGCCGGCCGACCCCGCCGCGCCCCUCAUCUGCGUGGCAACCGGCACCGGCAUCGCGCCCUUCCGCUCCUUCUGGCGCCGCGCCUUCAUGGAGGACGUGCCCAGCUGGAAGUUCACCGGGCUGUUCUGGCUGUUCAUGGGAGUGGCCAACUCGGACGCCAAGCUGUACGACGAGGAGCUGCAGGCCCUGGCCAAGGCCUACCCCAGCCAGUUCCGUCUGGACUACGCGCUGUCUCGCGAGCAGAAGAACCGCAAGGGCGGCAAGAUGUACAUCCAGGACAAGGUUGAGGAGUACGCGGACGAGAUCUUCGACCUCCUGGACAACGGUGCGCACAUGUACUUCUGCGGCCUUAAGGGCAUGAUGCCAGGCAUCCAGGACAUGCUGGAGCGCGUGGCCAAGGAGAAGGGCCUGAACUACGAGGAGUGGGUUGAGGGCCUGAAGCACAAGAACCAGUGGCACGUCGAGGUCUACUAAGCGGCCAGAUCUGUACGGCGUACGGCAAAGUUACGACAGACCACGCUGUUAUAAGUCCUGUCGUAGUCGCCGUACGCCGCUGUACUGGCUUGCUGGUUUGUGCUGGACUUGGCGGCCUGGUAGCGGAAAUGGCGGAAGCGGGUCUUGGUUACUGCUGCAAGUGUGACGGGACCGACGGCUGCGCGGUGCUCCCUUGCGUUUCUUGUUGCGUCAUGCGUGCUGCAUGAUGGCACUCGCAUGCGUUACUGCAGACGCAGUUUUGGAGGAACGUCGACUCAGCCGCCGGGACGUAGGGCCGGAGUCGGAUCGAGUGUCAUGGUCCGGCUUACUAGUGUAGGGAAUCCUGCUUGUAGAUACAACUCUUAGGAGAGCGUGGAGAGUUGUUUUGAGAGCGGGUGGUGAAGAGGAGCGAGAAGAAUACAACGAAAAGCGCAUCAAAGCAGGUUAACUAUGGAUCUAAUCGAAGGCUUGGGUGCUGCUGCUACUGCUGUUUAGGUGGAUCUUGGCUUGGUACUUGAUUGCUUAGGAUUCAAUAAUUGGUUUCUUGGUUCCGGAUCCUAAACGGAAAAUACGAUGCGAUGGAUUGCAUGGGCCGCUGUCGCUUUAUCGCUUCCUAGCUCACUUAAGGGAGUCGCAAGGCUGCGUCGCGUGCCCGAUUGCACAACGCAUAAACGUUGGGGCUCUUGAACCCCCAGUUCUUUGCCCCACAUGUUUCAGUUCGAUGUGGUGUUGUGGUGUUGGUCGUGGUUUCUUCCUCUGUCCGUUGUGGCUGUGCUGCUCGCCUGAGGUGUUCGAGACGUUUGUAAAUAUACUACCCCUGGCA